AUGGGGCCUCAUAGGUUUGAUUCAGAGGAUCCACGGUAUCCUAAUUUACCGGACACAGAUUUGAUAUUAUGGUCGGAUUAUGAUGAUUAUUUAUCAAAUAAUUCAUCUGAUGUGAGUGUUGACGGUGAUGACCUUCACAAAACACCUAAAAACAGGAAAGAAUCAACUUCUAGUCAAAAGUCUAUGGGGCUACCCUUGUUGCAUAUUUUUAAAAGUCACACACAGACUGAAACCGAUCACAAGUCUACCAAAUCUGCAAAAUCCGUUAAAUCAGGGAAAUCUACCACUGUUGGAGGCCGGCGGUCAGAUUCUGUCUCUUCUGGUAACUCUUCGCAAACAGGUUCGAUGUUUGGAAGACUACAUUUACCCAAGCUUUACCGUGCUGGGAGAUCAGACCCUAUGCAGCCAACCAAAUCACAUGUCAUAGCUGCCGGUGGCCGAGAAAAAAGCCACUCUGAUCGGGAAUUUUCCAAAUUUGAUGAAGAAUCUGCUAUAGGAACUGCUGAAAAGCACUAUCCUGUUGGGGGAAAUGUCAGUGAGGGUGAAAGUGAGCAAGCAAGUGGCUAUAGCUCAAACGAAAAUGAUGCUCAUGAUUAUGAUAAAGAAUUUGGAAAUAAAGUUGAUAUAGACGAUCAUGCAAAGCGAUAUGUGACAGACACAGAAGAUGAUACUGAUUUUCUAGCACAUCCCAAGAAUGGUAUUGUACCUCCAUCUAUCUUAAAGCCCUCUCCUAAAGAAAAUCAGCCCGAGUUUAAUUCCGAUCUUAAUGAAAACGGGUAUGAUAGUGAGAAUGAAAAUCUCCCCGAGGCUAAAGAAGAUAUCAAAAGAAGGAAGAGGAAAUCGAGACGGAGGAAAAAAAGAGCCAGAAAGUAUGCCGGUUCACAAAGUAAAAAAGAGCGUACAGCGUGGGAACCAGGGAUUGAUUUGCGUACGACUAAUGUGUUCCUAAAUACACCCGGUUCGAUCAUCACAGUAACAGAUUAUUCAAAGACUAGAUACCGCGUCACACACUAUGAUUUAUAUUCGGAAAUGAAUUCCAAGUUCGAUAAAUUUUUAAAAAACGACGAUACCAUUUUGAGUCCACACGAUUUUAACGAGGAAGAGGAGAACGAUGAUCCUGAAUUUCAAGCGUUUAUGGAAUACAUGAAUAAAGUGAGUGACUCAAAGUUUCAGGUUGAAAAUGCAAUUAAAACGAAGCCUAAAUGGUCACAAGUUAGGUGGAUAAAUGUGAACGGACUAUCCUGGGAAUCAAUUGCAAUUAUAGGGAAAAAGUACAACUUACAUCCUUUGAGUGUUGAAGAUUUGGUGGAUAUUCCUCAACGAACUAAAAUGGAUAUUUAUCAACAACAUUUGUUUGUAGUUAUGCCAUUACUAAAAUUACUUAAAACCAAAAGAGAACUAGAAACUCAAGAUGAGGAGACAUACCUUCAAAAAUUAAGAUAUGCUGUCAGAAAUUUAUCACAAGAUGACAAUGCGAGUGUCUCAAAUAAGUCGCAAGCAACUAUAGAUGUGACAAUUCCUACCAAGAAAACCAAAACAAUUACCACGAGGGAGCAACUCAAUAGGGAAUUUGCUAGUACACCAACACCUUACGAUACCAGUGGUAGUAUUUUGCCGAGAACUACAAAGACAUUAUCAGAUGAAUAUAACGAUGAACAAGAUAGGAAAUUAGCGUAUGAGAUUGAACAUUCAUCGACAAACAGGCGCCUGACAGACCUUACCUUUAUCUCUUCUACUAAGUCCAGAAAAUAUCGAUCACGAAUGUCGACAAUUAAUCACAUGAGACCAUUGAUGUCCAAAAACUUAGCUGUGGGUGUCGAACAAGUAUCUAUGUACUUGACCACGGACGGUACAGUAAUUACAUUCUUUGAACACUCUGCGUCUGAGAUUGAAAGUGCCAUUUUAUCACGGUUAUCUGCUGAAUAUACCAUACUUCGAGAAUCAUGCAACCCAUCAAUUCUCUUUCAUUCAGUACUUGAUGCCAACGUGGAUUUGUUAUACCCUGUUAUUACCGCAUACACGCGUAUAUUGAAUGAAAAGGAAAUGGAGGUUCUAACGGCAUCAUUGCCAGACUUACAGCACACACAGGAACUUCACCUUAUGCUCAAUGAGCUAGCCAUAUUGAAAAAUUCAAUACUCCCCAUAUCUUCCUUAAUUACACAAAUUAAGGAACUGAGCAUAGACCCGACUUCCCCCUUCAUUGACGAAUCUUGUAAGUUGUACCUAGCUGAUAUAGACGAUCAUAUUUGCGCAUUUAUUGAUGAGAUAGACAGUAUGACAAUGACAAUCUCAAAUCUUAUUGAUUUGAUUUUUAACACUCUCUCGGUGGCAACUAAUACUUCCAUGCAACAGUUGAGUUUGGUUACUGUGCUAUUCCUACCAUUAACAUUCUGGGCCGGUUAUUUUGGGAUGAACUUUAAGACCUUUGGGAAUUUGGACUCCAGCGUGACUUUUUUCUGGAAAUUGGCUAUUCCAUUUACUGCUGUCAUGAUGAUCAUGGUUAUGUGGAGCAGUGUUUGGCGAGUUAUUAGUCGAGUCAAGAGAUUGUUGCUACUAGUAUGGAUGUUCCUCAAACAAAGAUGGCGAGGUGAAGAAAGUAGUAACAGCCAUACAACCAAACUCGACAUACAUAGAUGGGAAAAAUUUAGACGGGCUGCUCAAAGAAGUUUGUCCAAAAAAAGAAAAACAAAGUAUCUAUAA